GUGUUCUGAGAUAACUUUGUUGCUUGUGGCACCCAAAUUUCAUGAUUAGUCCAAAUUUUUAUUAGGAUUAUCAAUAAAAUAUUAUAGAUUGAAUAUGUCAACUAAACAAAAUUAAUGGGGUUUAUAAUCCUAAUGAUUAUUAUUGUUUGUCAACUCUAUGAUUUCAUAGUGAAAAGACAAUACAUUUAUAGUCAAACCGUGGUUGUGAAUUGGAUGUGGCUUUGGUUUCUUUCGUAUCUAUGUCUAUCGUUAAAUGUUUUAAGGUAUGAUGACGAGAGGAUGACACUUUUGGGACAUGUAAUUACAUAUUUUGUUAAUUAAAUUUUAAUUUGAUAUCACAUCCUAUAUGAUUACACCUCACACUUCUUAUUAUCGUGCUUCAGUUACAAAACAUUCAUUAGAAAAUAACAUUAUAAAGCUGGAGAUAAUGAUUUAACAACCACAAAAUAAUCGGGACUCGUAAUUUAAUGGCUUGUGUCACGAUUCGAAAAGAUAGUAUGUAUAGAAAACCUCUACAUCUCUUUAAUUAAUCACUCAUUUAACCAAAAAGGAACAAUUUUAUAUUAUACAAUACAAUUAGAUAUAGAAGAAGGCCCCUUUCAUAGUUUUAGGUAGCCAACUAGCAAACAGAAACGAGCAAGUGUGUAAUAUCUGGCUGUUCUGAAGUCGAUAAUUAGUUUCCGUUUCUUUAAAAUAAUGCCCAUUUUGUGUAAGCACACGUAUUGCUUAGGCAUAUUAUAUGUCACAUUUGUUUGGAUUAGCUUGAAUAUUUAUGUAGGAACUGAAAGUGAUAUACUCCAUUUUUCGUUUAGAUUUCUACUUGAUUAAUUAACUAAUGAUCACACACGAAUGCCACAAAAAGUAAUAGCCAGUAGUCACAUUAAAAACCCAUCAAAACAUUUUUUUAAAGAUAAACAAUUAUUUUAAAUAAUGGUCUACUUUUAAAAUAUUACUAAAAAGAUGCAUACUGUAAAAAUAAUAAUAGUAUAAAAACGUUGUUUGAUGAUGUAAUUAUAAAAAUAUACUUUCAUUGGGAAUGAGUUUUUUUUCUCAGGAUUCCAAUGAGUUUUUCUAUACGAUCAACGAUGGUUAAGAAAAUAGUUUAAAUAUUUACUAAAUUAGUUGGUGCAUCUAAAAUGCAUAAUAGAACGACUAAAAUAUACAGUUGAUCCCCUAGGUCAUUUAAAUGAUCAUGUUGUUCAAAUUUUCCUAGUAAGUAAAAAAUUAGGAUACUAAAUAAAUGUGGAGGAACGCUUGAAAUCGUUUUAAUAACAAUGCAUGUAAUGUUUUACCAAAAAAAAAACAAUGUAUGUAAUGAAACAAAAAUGAGCUAGAUAGUAUAUAUACUAUAUAGUCCAAAAGAAAAGAGAAGUAUGUAACUUUGCAGUAUAGGAAAGGUAAGAAAAGAUGAUAACCACUAAUCUCAUAUUUAAGUGCUAGAUUUGACAAGGUGAUAAAACACUUAAGAUUGGGUGUCUAUUGAUCUUUCAGUAAAACUUUUUGUUGGUUUUUCUUACCACAAAUGUAAAAACGAUAAAACAAUUCGAUUAUCUUCCUUUUUGUUCCUGAUUAUCUUUUAAAAACAGUCAUUCCUGAUGAUGACCAAAUCAUUUCCGUUUGAUUUACAUCGAUAGUGACACAACCUAUUCGCAUAUAUGUGAUGUAAGCAUGAGUCACUUGAAUUGAUUUAUAGUAUGUUUCUGUCAUAUAUUAAAUAUCAAUUAGCAACAGUAUUUUUCUAAAUGCGAACCCAGUUUUGAUACAGAUAGACAUAACAUGGUUUACAGCAAAAUUUUGAUGACGUCAACGUUGCGUAUGUGUCUAUGUAUGCAACAAGGACACGUGUCACGUCCCUAAGUUCCACGUUGGCAGUAGAAGUCUAGAGCUCAUCUUCAUUUCGUUAACUUUUGAACUGGUCUUCGAGGUUAAUCCAUAUUUUCACAAACGUAUUAGUUUUUGGGAUUAUCUGAAAUUGUCAAAUGAGUUUUGGCUAAAGUAAAUUCAUGUACUUUAAAAGUUACUCUACGUUGUCUUAUUCGGUAGCCUAAAGUCUAGUACUUUUCAUCCUAUUAUAACUAAUGAACUUUUUACUUUCUGUACUUCUGAAUCUACAUAAAAAUUUGUACAGAAAUGCAAACCGAACUCAAUACAUAUAUACCGAAAGUUUUGAACAAAAUCUAGAUUUUUAUUAAUAAAAUCAUCACGAAAAUUUCGUUUUUGUACGAAAACAAAUUUAAAAACAUUUUAAACUGAAAACAUAAGAUCCAACAUCAAUUUCGUUUGUCUAAAAAAUAGAAUUCAAAAGCCGAAUUGGGAACAAGAUAUGAAUUAAGAAAAAAAAAACUUGUAUAGACAUUUGACCCAAAAAAGAUCUGGUAUAGACGAUACAAAAGCUUAUCAAAGACUCAUAAGACGUCAGAGCAUGGAUCAUAAUGACGUGAGCAUGACACAAUGCAAUCAACGGUAUGGUUCCAAACAAUGCGGCGGUGUACGCUUUUUGAAGCCCAUUAGGGCCCACAAACAUUUCAAAGCCGUCAUUCUAUAAAUAGCCAUACACAAUCACAAUACCAAAACACAACCCAAAUUCAUCAAUCUAUCAACGAGAACACAAGCUAAGAAAGAAAAAAAAAAAGAGAGACCACAAGUAGUAUAUGAGAGCUGCACUAAACAGAGCAAAUUUUGUUGGAGGGUUGUUUUCAUUCAGAAACAUUAAAUCUAUGUCGUCUUCUUCUUCACAAAACUUCGUAUCAAGAUCUGUAAUCAAGAAAGUCUUCGCUAAGCUUCAGAAAGAAGGCGAUGGAGCCGUUGUCAGACGUGGCAUUUCCAGGAGUGAGCAGAAGUUAUUAGAUCCGUUCUUGAUGCUAGAUGAGUUCUCUGUUUCACCUCCAGCUGGAUUCCCAGAUCACCCUCACAGAGGUUUUGAAACUGUUACAUACGUACUUGAGGGAGGAAUUACUCAUCAAGAUUUCAAAGGCCACAAGGGUACAAUCUAUGCUGGUGAUGUUCAGUGGAUGACUGCAGGAAGAGGAAUCAUUCAUUCUGAAAUGCCUGAAGAAGAAAUCAACAAAGGUCUACAACUUUGGAUCAAUCUUUCAUCCAACGAAAAAAUGAUAGAGCCAAACUACCAAGAACUGUCGAGUUCAGACAUACCAAAAGCGGAACAAAACGGUGUCCAAGUCAAAGUCAUAGCAGGAGAAUCAAUGGGAAUUAAAUCCCCUGUUUACACAAGAACACCAACAAUGUUCCUUGAUUUCACUCUCGAUCCAGGAGCUCAGUUCCACCAAAAAGUUCCGGAAUCUUGGAACGCGUUUGCUUACGUUCUUGAAAGCGGUGAAGGCGGAGCCGUUUUCGGCUCAUCAAACGCGUCUCCUGUUUCAUCACACAACGUUGUGGUGUUUGAACAAGGAAAUGACGGUGUUAGCGUGUGGAACAAGUCAUCUUCGAAGAAACUGCGGUUUGUGUUAAUUGCUGGAGAACCAUUAGGUGAACCGGUGGUUCAGUACGGUCCUUUCGUGAUGAAUACUCAAGCUGAGAUUGAUAUGACCAUUGAAGAUUAUCACUAUGGUAAGAAUGGCUUCGAAAUGGCCAAGUAUUGGAGGUCACAAUGAUAGAGACACAAUAAUCAAUGUUUUAAUUAUUAUUUUCAUACUUGUUUUUUUAUCCUAUGUGUGUGAUUUAAAUGGGACAAUAAUAAAGUUUAAACUCAAUUUCUUUUGCUAA